AUGCGCGGUUUGGCUAAUGUCAACAGUAUCCAAAGUGCACUGACAAAAUCUGUGCUGUCGUCUCGAUCAUCACGCUCUUUGCCCUUGUUGCAGGGUAUCCUAACAACUGGCGGCGUCGCACACUUAAGUGUGGGUGCUACUGCGAUGGGAACCCCUCAAGACUCGGACAAAACACCCAAGAUACGCAAAAGGAUCAUCGUUGCCUGUGACGGUACAUGGCAGGACGCGGACAGUGACUCCGAACGAGUUCAUCCAAUAUGGAAGUUCUGGCGAAGAGAACGUUACCUGAUGCCAGCAUCCAAUGUUGCACGGUUAUGUCGAUGCAUCAGCAAAGAGGGUGUUGACGAACAAGGACGGCCAGUCCCACAGUUGGUGUUUUAUCAGGCAGGUGUUGGCACUUCCUUCAUGCAGCGGCUGAGCGGAGGACUUACGGGAAGAGGCAUCACCUCGAAUAUUCGAGAUGCGUAUUCUUUUAUCUGCAACAACUAUGAAGAUGGUGACGAGAUCUUUCUCUUCGGGUUUUCCAGAGGUGCAUUCACUGUUCGGAGUCUUUCGAGCCUUCUGAGGACGAUCGGCAUACUGAAUGCGUCAGGUUUGGCACAUUUCUAUUCCAUAUCCCAAGAUUGGAAGCAUCAGAACGACGACAUAUGGCGUUUGAUCAAGACGCCGUUCGCCGAUGUGCCGUGGGGCUCUACAAAGGAUCGGCGACCAAGUCCGAGGACGGUAGCAGGCCAAGAAAAUGCUUACGUGCAAAAGCUUAAAGAGCUGGACCUGCUUCGCAGUGACCAAGCCCCGAUUGGCAUCAAAGCUUGUGGUGUUUGGGACACAGUCGGAUCACUUGGCAUACCUCAGGUGUGGUUUCUUCCACAAAGAGACUCUAAGAUGUAUGCUUUCGUCGACACGAACAUCGAGUCGAACAUUGAAUACGCCUUUCAGGCUUUGGCACUUGACGAGCGUCGCGGUCCGUUCACUCCUACCAUCUGGGCUGCACCAACCAACUCUCCCAAGGAGCUCAAACAAUGCUGGUUUCGAGGAGUUCAUUGUGAUGUUGGAGGUGGUGGAUAUCGAGAUCAAGAACUCGCCAAUCUUAGCUUGGCAUGGAUGAUUACCCAGCUGGAAUCAAAGAGCUUGAUGCAAUUCAACCAUGACACGUUCUGGAAACUCAUGGAAAUCAGCGCUAGAGACCAAACCAAGAAAAUAACAGGCUCAUCACCCAUGCCUGAAUUGAAAGAGUGGGGUCUCGGACAAAUCCACGACUCCAUGCUAUGGUACUACCGCCUGCUUACCAAACCGAGAAUACGCGAGCCCAGAAGCUUUACCCAGCGUCAGCUGAAUCCUCCAUGGUGGAAACAGCUUCUCUCGUUCUUCUCCCAGAAACCUGGACAACCACUUGAGAAUACCCAAGAAUGCAUCCAUUCAUCCGUCAGUACGAGGUGGACAGUGGCAGAUACGCCUUGUGAUGCCUUGCGCAACUGGUCGUACGAUCGAAGGGUGAGAGCGUGGGAGGGCCCUGGAGGUAAAUCCAUACCGGAAGACAAGCUUGACGGAUUGGAGUUGGAACUGGCAAAGCGGUGGGGUAGUAUUGUGGCGGAAGCAAACACACGGGCUGCUCUAGGAGGUCAGGACUAG